AUGACUACCACCUAUCUUCAGCCCUUGGUAAAUCCAAAACGAGUUAAGCUCAUUUCAACUUGCGAUACUUGUAAAACUCGUAAGGUGAAAUGUGAUAAAGAACGACCCGAAUGUGGAACUUGCAGAAAGACAAAUCGGGAAUGUAGUUAUUCAUACGCCUAUCUCACAGAAACUAUGAGGCACGAGCAAAGUGGCACAAAACAAAAAUCCGACACCGUUUUUCUUCAAAAACAAUUGGACUGUUUACAAAAAAUACAGUUUGGUCAGCUAGACGAGGAAUCCGGAUAUUUGGCAGUGGCUUCGCGGGGUUUGGGUGUUGAUGUAAAUGAUAGUCAAAGCGUCUUAGGAAUGCUG